GCCCCCCGGGUCCCGGGAUUGGCCGGCCCGGAGCUCCCAGCGCCGCUCACUGGCCCGCCGCGCCGCCCGUCGGCCCGGCUCCGCCCCCCGGCCGUCGUCUUCCCACAGUGCCCCGCGGCCGUGUGGAGCGCGGCCUUGUUCCCGCGUUGAGCCGCCGCCGCCGCCGCCUCCUCCGCCUCAGCCUCCGCGCCAGGCCCGGCCCCGCCGCGCCAUGUCGGACUACAGCUCGGGAGGGCCCCCGCCGGGGCCGCCGCCGCCCGCCGGCGGGGGCGGGGGGUCCGGGGGCGCCGGGGGAGGAGGCCCGCCGGCCGGCGCGGGGGAGCGGGGCGGCGGCGGCGGGCCGGGCGGGGGGGCGGCGGGGGGCCCCUCGCAGCCGCCGGGCGGGGGCGGCCCCGGGAUCCGCAAGGACGCCUUCGCCGACGCCGUGCAGCGCGCCCGCCAGAUCGCAGCCAAGAUCGGGGGCGACGCCGCCACCACCACGGUGAACAACAGCACCCCCGACUUCAGCUUCGGGGGCCAGAAGCGGCAGCUGGAGGAUGGAGGUGACCUGGGGGCUGGGGGGCGGCCCGGGUGGGGCGCGGGGGCCCGGGCUGGGGGGGGGGGUUCCCUGACUGGCCACCCCGCUCCUCCUCCCACAGACCAGCCUGAGAGCAAGAAGCUGGCGGCCCAGAGCGACUCCAUCAGCUCCCAGCUCGGCCCCAUCCACCCGCCACCCAGGACGACGUCCAUGACGGAGGAAUACAGGGUCCCUGACGGCAUGGUGGGACUGAUUAUCGGCAGAGGAGGGGAGCAGAUCAACAAGAUCCAGCAGGAUUCCGGCUGCAAAGUCCAGAUCUCGCCGGACAGCGGCGGGCUGCCCGAGCGCAGCGUGUCCCUGACAGGUGCCCCCGAGGCCGUCCAGAAAGCCAAGAUGAUGCUGGACGACAUCGUGUCCCGGGGCCGCGGGGGCCCCCCUGGACAGUUCCACGAGGGCGCCAACGGGGGGCAGAGCGGGACAGUGCAGGAGAUGAUGAUCCCCGCGGGCAAGGCCGGGCUCGUGAUCGGCAAAGGCGGCGAGACCAUCAAGCAGCUGCAGGAGCGCGCAGGCGUGAAGAUGAUCCUCAUCCAGGACGGCUCGCAGAACACCAACGUGGAUAAGCCCCUGCGCAUCAUCGGGGAUCCCUACAAAGUGCAGCAAGCCUGCGAGAUGGUGAUGGACAUCCUCCGUGAGCGGGACCAGGGCGGCUUCGGGGACCGCAACGACUACGGAUCCCGCGUGGGCGGCGGCAUCGAUGUUCCGGUGCCCCGCCACUCGGUGGGUGUGGUGAUCGGCCGCAGCGGCGAGAUGAUCAAGAAGAUUCAGAACGAUGCGGGCGUGCGAAUCCAGUUCAAGCAAGACGACGGCACGGGCCCCGAAAAGAUCGCACACAUCAUGGGCCCCCCCGAGCGCUGCGAGCACGCCGCCCGCAUCAUCAACGACCUUCUGCAGAGUCUGCGGAGCGGACCCCCAGGACCCCCGGGGGGGCCCGGCAUGGCGCCCGGGGGCCGCGGCCGAGGACGGGGCCAGGGCAGCUGGGGGCCCCCCGGCGGGGAGGUGACCUUCUCCAUCCCAACCCACAAGUGCGGGCUGGUCAUCGGCCGAGGCGGGGAGAACGUGAAAGCCAUCAACCAGCAGACGGGGGCCUUCGUGGAGAUCUCCCGGCAGCUGCCCCCCAACGGAGACCCCAACUUCAAGCUCUUCAUCAUCCGGGGCUCCCCCCAGCAGAUCGACCACGCCAAGCAGCUCAUUGAGGAGAAGAUCGAGGGUCCCCUCUGCCCGGUGGGGCCAGGCCCGGGGGGACCAGGCCCCGCAGGCCCCAUGGGGCCUUUCAACCCCGGACCCUUCAACCAGGGCCCCCCGGGGGCGCCCCCACACGCUGGGGGGCCCCCGCCUCACCAGUACCCGCCCCAGGGCUGGGGCAACACGUACCCCCAGUGGCAGCCGCCAGCUCCUCAUGACCCCAGUAAAGCAGCUGCGGCCGCCGACCCCAACGCCGCCUGGGCCGCCUACUACUCCCACUACUACCAGCAGCCCCCGGGGCCCCUGCCCGGCCCCGCUCCCGCUCCUGCCGCGCCCCCCACCCAGGGCGAGCCCCCCCAGCCGCCCCCGGCCGGCCAGUCGGACUACAGCAAGGCCUGGGAGGAGUACUACAAGAAGAUCGGCCAGCAGCCCCAGCAGCCCGGAGCACCCCCGCAGCAGGACUACACCAAGGCCUGGGAAGAGUACUACAAGAAGCAGGCUCAAGUGGCCACCGGCGGGGGCCCGGGGGCACCCCCAGGCUCGCAGCCCGACUACAGUGCGGCCUGGGCUGAGUACUACCGCCAGCAGGCCGCCUACUACGGACAGACGCCGGGCCCGGGCCCCCAGCCCCCCGCGCAGGCCCCCCAGCAGGCAAGUGGGAACUGCCACCCCCCGCCCCCCCCGUUCUCCUUCCAGCCCCCCGCCUCCGUGCACCCCGCCCUGGUGGGGGGCGCCGGCGCCCCUUUCCCCUGCGGUGUCUGCCCCUGAAGCCUCGUCCACCGGCCGAGGAGCCUCGCCGCCACCACCACCACCGCCGCCGCCGCCUCCAGCCAGCCCGCCGGGGACUGAGGACUGGGGGCCCCCCGGAUCCCCCUCCCCCGGACCCUGCGCAGGACCGGCCAGGAAGACGCCGCCCGGACCCCGCGCCUUUCCGGGGGGCCGGGGGAGAGAGAGUUCUCGCGUUGUUUUUGGCCUCCUUUUUAGUGUCGUUUUUUUUUGUUUUUUUAUUUUUGCAUUUUUCGUCCGUCCAUCCCCCUCCCUUUCUGGUUUUGGGGACCCACCAUCCGCCCCCCCCUCCUGUCCGAGAGACUGUCACACGGAGCGGGGGGCCCAGCCGGCCGCCGCCACCGGCCCUCGGGCCUCUACCUCACGGGGCAGGGGCGUGGGGGGCCCACGGCCGCCUCAUACUGGAUUGGGGGGGCCGCCAUGGAGGCGGCAGGGCGCCCCUCCCUCCUUCCCUCCUCCCCCCGUACCCCAACCCCAGCUCCCCCCUCUCUCUGCGGCCCCCCUGCUUCUGUGUCCUCUCUCUCGCCGCCGCUGCCACGGAGACUCCUGCCUGGGCCAGGCCCCCCACUCUGCCUCCAGCGCCCCCACCCUGAGCCCCUGCCCUCCGCUCGCUCAGUGACCGAUUCUAUCUCUCCCCUCUCCGCAGGCUCAAUGAAACAAAUGAAUGUGAACCUUCUUCAUCUGUGAAAAAUCUCUGAUCAUUUUUUUUUUCUCCCAUUUUGUUUCUGUUGGGGUGGGGGGCCUUUUUUUUUUUUUCAGUUUUUUUUAGUUUAUUUUUCCUUCCCAUUGGGCAAGAGAGCCACGGCUCCUCCGUAGGAGGGGGUGCGGAUGAGGGCUAUCCUGGAAUGGGGGGCCAUGGGCCCCCCCCCCCAAUCCGCACACGCCUGACUCUUCACGCCUCUUUCUCUCCGUCCAAACCGGGAACCUCCUCCCUGUUGUGCCAGCCACGCACCAGAGCAGAUCUAGCGCUCUGCAGACAGUUAACAAAAAGAGCAAAAUAAGUUGGGGUUUUUUUGUUUUGUUUUCUAAAUAAGAAGAAAAAUAAAACUUAGAAAAUUAUAUAUAUUAUAUACAUAUACUAAAAAAAAAAAAAAUCUAUUCCCAGUUCACCCACACAGACCUCCCAGAAACUUUUCAGAGGGAGGGGGGAAUAAAUAAAACCACAGAUUAAUUUUCUCUCCGUCACAUUUUUUUAAAAUAAACUUUUGGCAAAGGAAAAAAAAGUCACUUUUCUUUUUUUCUUUUAGUAUCUGUUUAGAUUUUGAAUUUUUGUUUGUUGGGGUUUUUUUGUUUGUUUUUCUUUUCUUUUUUUAAGUUUGAGUCAAAACAUUCCUUGGACCAGGUUGUUUUUUGCAGGGUCUUCCUCUCCCCCCCACCCCCCCUCCCCGCCAAAAACAAAACAAACAAAACUUCAGCCAAGCCCCUCGGCCUCUCUGCUCCCCCCUUCUCGCUCCCCCUGCACCCCUCCCUCCCCCCACCGCACCCCACCCCACCCCCAUUCCCCCCAGGACUGGUCUGUGGUUCAGGCCUCUUUGAGGACACUGGAGAGACUGAAAAAAAAAAAACAAUAAUAAUAAUUGUACGGCAGUUUUUACUUUUUACGGCUUGUUUUUAACUUCACAAAUAAAUGGUGAUAAAACUUG